GAGAUUGUGGUCUUAAUAGAAUGUUCCGAGCACUAUCGAACGAUUCUGUUGUUGAUCAUUACUUCGGGCUAUUGUACACUUUACGUCGCUUCAUGACUGUACUAGUUUGUGUAUUUGUGUAUAUGUCCUAAAAGUAUAUUUUGUAUCACGGUUGUACAUCAACGCAGAUUUUUUUUAAAAAAAAACCUAUCCUCCGCUAUUGACCCAAAAAAAAAAUCUAUUCCACAUGUUUUGCGGUAUUCUUGGUGACAAGGAACUCUUUUGAAUAACAAGCAACGCAAGGCUGCUUCCAGGAAAGAAAGAAGAAAGCGGAAACGACAAGCAAUCGCCCGAGCCAGGGAAUGUGACGCACAAAAUGGAGCCAUUGUUGAUCCCAAUGAGGAAAUGGACAAAGAGGAUGAUGAUGAUGCCAGUUUUGUUCUUGAAAGGCAACGGCUACAUGACGAGUGGCUAGAGCGAGAGCGGCUCGCGCAAGAAGAAUUCCUUCUGAGGUCUGAGAGGGAGGAGGCUGCAAGGAAACGGAGAGAAGAUGAUGAGCGGAAGAUAAAGGAGGAAUGGGAGGCCCAGCAGAGAAGAGAAGAACAACAAAAAGAGCAGAAGCAACAGGAGAAGCGAGACAGAGAGGAGGCUGUUCAGAAAAUGUUGGAUGAAGCAGAAAAUCAGCUAACUAAUGGAGGGCCGUGGAUGAAUCCUGAGGCUCCGGUUCCAGACAAAUCUCAAAAUUAUGGGACGGAGCGAGAUGCAGCCAACUGCCCUUUCUUCCUCAAGACUGGGUCCUGUCGAUUUGGGGACAGAUGUUCUCGAAAGCACGUCUAUCCAUCGACCAGCCCCACUUUAAUGAUCCGGGCUAUGUUUAUAACAUACGGCAUGGAGCAGUCUCAACGUGACGACUACGACGGGGAUGCUUCUCUGGAGCACAGCGAGGAAGAUCUGCACGAGUCCUUUACUGAAUUCUACCAUGACGUUCUACCAGAGUUCAAGACUGUUGGCAAGGUGGUCCAGUUUAAGGUUAGCUGCAACUAUGAGCCACACUUGCGAGGGAAUGUUUACGUUCAGUUUGACACAGAGGAGCAGUGCAGACAGGCCUUCAUCAAGUUUAACGGAAGGUGGUACGCUGGCAAGCAGCUCCACUGUGAAAUAUGUCCUGUAACACGGUGGAAGAAUGCCAUUUGUGGACUGUUUGACAGAAAGAAGUGCCCCAAAGGGAAACACUGCAAUUUCCUGCAUGUAUUCCGAAACCCUGGCAAUGAAUUCUGGGAGGCUGACAGGGACCUUCACCUAUCACCGGACCACAGCAUCAAGAGGAGUCAGUCGGAGAGACACUCGGAGAGAUACUCGGACAGACACUCAGAGAGACGCGGAGACCGAUCACGGAGGAGCCACUGGAGCAGAAGCCCACCGAGAUCGGAGCGAUCUUACGGCAAACGAGAGGACGACCGCCGCAGCGAGAGGAGUCGAGAUAGGAGGACGUCACAGCACCAAAGAGACGACAGCAGGCGCUCAUUCAGGUCAGCGCGGUAUGACAGGGCGAGUGAUAGGUACCCAAGCAGAAGCAGAGAAAAAUCCCGCAGUAGAAGUCGAGACCGGAAAAGGAGUCGAGAUCAAGACAGAAAUGUAAAAAGUCCGAAUAAAGGUGAAGAAAAAGACAGAAAUGGAGACACGGAGAGAAACAAACCAGGCAGAGAAAAGAGCAAGCGUCACAGCCCGGAGAACGAAGACGAGAAAAGACGUCCCGAUGAGGACAGCAAGACACGUCGCCGCCACAAACACUCGAAAAAGAGCAAAAAGAAAAGUAAGAAGAAGCACAAGAAGAGGAGCUGUUCACCUGAAGGCACGACUUCAUCUCGAGAGUCAGAAGACGAGACUGAAGAAAAAGGAGAGCGCUCUCAGAACAAUGAGGACUUGAGUGCAAAUCCAAGCAUUGAUGCAGAGAAUAGUUCCAUAACACAAGUUGAUGAGCACACACAAAGUUGUUCUUAGUGGCUUUUUACAACUGAAAAUCUGUAAAAAUAUUUUUUUUUUUUUUGUAUAUUUAGCAAUAUUUUCACCGUGACGUCACACAUACUUUCUCCAAUAGAUGAAGAUUUUAGAUUCUUCUUCUGUAUCGCCGUUGUUUGAGUGUCUGACAUGUCAGGCGAAAAAAAACUUAAUUCAGACAUUGCGAAACUGGCUAAUUGACUUCUGGUGCUCGGAUUAAUGGCACUCACAUGUUGACACAUCACGUCAACAAGAAGGCUAGCCAUCAUUGUUUGGUUAAAUGACUCGACGACAACCCAACCGAACAUUUUGUGCGUACUUGCGAAAACUUGAUAUUCUCUGUACAGUAAUUUAUGACAGCUACUCUAUUUAUCCUCCACUAAGCCAAGCACACCGUGGUUAUUUGCAUAGCUUAAAUAUAACUUGAUUGAUCAAAGAACAAAACAUAACAGGACGAUUAAUGACAAUGAACAGAAUCGCAGUAGAUGAAUCGAAUCGAGACCUGUGGAUUGCUGCAGCUACUCCAGAGAUGAUGACCCACACUAAACUUCCAUUUAGUCCAAUUACCGCAAGGUUAUCUUACUGCUGUGACUCUACUCUAGCUGUAUACUUUCACAUGAUAUACACAAAAAAUACAUUUUACAAGAAACUGUGAAGGCCAAAUAAGCUCCUUACUAGUCACGUCUUGCAACUGAAUGUGUUGAAACUGAUGUUCCUCAUCAGUGCUCUCGAUCAACGAAACUUCUUCCAAUUUUUGGAGAUUUCAAGUGACCAGUUGCAAUUUUUAAAUGGUUGAUGGAAAAUGUUAAACUGCAAAAAAAGAGGAAACAUUGGCUUCAGUUUGAGGAUGUUUAUUAAAUACUGUCAAAUUUAAAUGUCAAUAGGAUGCUGAAUACAAAACUGGUUUCUUUUUCAGAAAUUAAAGAUCAAGUUAAUUUGUU